CUAGUCCGAGUCGACUUAUUCCACUUGCCUCAAUCUUUCAACUCACUAACGUGUGAACCUUUUUUACACUUUCUUUUUGAUCCACCUUUCCCUUGUUCUCUCUUUUCAAUGACUCCUGAAGGCCGUGAUACCUCCGGCCAGGCGCCGGGCUAUGUAAGCAUUUCACGCGCCAGGGAUUAUUUCGCCGUUCCUGCUCCGAUCAAGCGCAUCUUUGAUCAAUUUCCUCUCGUCACUUAUUCUUCCAAUGACCUUCCUCAACGUGGUGCCUCGGACCGGACGGGAAAUCGGUUAUUUGUGUUUACAGAUGCAGCGGGUGCGAAAAGUCACAGACCCUCAUUCAAUCCGCAGUGUCUCAAAUGGCAGGCUUAUUUGAGAUUUGUCGGUAUCGAGUUUGAUAUUGUUCCUUCGAAUAAUCAUGCAUCACCAACGGGGGCUCUUCCCUUCCUCCUCCCGGCCCUCCCAGUCAACAACAACGCCCCGAUACCUUCCAGCAAACUACAAAAGUGGGCUAUUGAGCAAGUCCACUGUGAAGAAGAACAGCAAUUGAACUUGCGGUUUGAGGUAUAUGCAUCAUUACUGGAUCACCGGAUACGGAAUGCUUGGUUGUAUACCCUUUAUUUGGACAAUGAAAACUUCAGUGCCGUAGCCCGCCGGCUUUAUGUAGAUCCAUCGACUAGCAAUUCGCUGGUACGCGCCACUUUAGCUGUUCAGCUUCAGCAGGCCGCAAGGGAUGAGCUUCUGAAGACUUCACAAUAUAUUGAUGUCAGCGCACUGGAAGCAGAGGCAGACGAUGCCUUUGAGGCACUCUCUACGCUUCUAGGCAACAACGAACAUUUCUUUGAACGGUCCAGUCCAGGCUUGUUCGAUGCUAGCGUCUUCGCUUAUACGCAUUUGAUCUUAGAAAAGGGAAUGGGAUGGAAGCGGAAUAGGCUGGCAGAGCUUCUGCAAAAGCAUGAAAAUCUUGUGCAGCAUCGGGAAAGAUUGCUAAAAUAUUUCUAGACACUGGAUAUCAAAACGAAUUAUUCAUGUAUAAUACUGCUAGCCCACUUGUC